CUCCGCACACACAAUCACAGCCACCCAGCAGUAGCUAGCCACAGAACAGAUAAAUUGAUCAUACAGAUCGAGGAACAACUUCAUUGAAGCUCCUGCCUCAAUGGUGGCGGGGCGCAGCGGCAUGUUGGCUCAGCAGCUGGUACUAGGCUGCCUGGUGGUGGCGGUGGCCCUGCUUGCGCUGUCGGGCGGCGUGGACUCGGCGACGGGGACGAACGGGACGACGCCGGUCGUCAAUCCCCCGCGCCGCACCAAGUACAUCCGUGUAAGCUCCAAAAAGCGCAACUACGAGGUCUCCUGCACCGACGAAGGCAAUCCGUCGUGCUACAUCCGCUGCCCAACGCGAUGCCCCAACUCUUGCUUCGUCUCCUGCGAAUACUGCUUGAGCUUCUGCCAGUGUGAUAUCUUCCCGGGCACUUCUUGCGGCGACCCUCGCUUCACCGGCGGCGACGGCAACACCUUCUACUUCCACGGCAAGAAGGACCAGGACUUCUGCAUCGUCUCCGAUGCCGACCUCCACAUCAACGCCCACUUCAUCGGCAACCACAACCCCGACCUCAAGCGCGACUUCACCUGGGUGCAGGCCCUCGGCGUCAGCUUCGGUGAGCACCGCCUCUACAUCGGCGCCCGCAAGGCCGUCGAGUGGGACCAAGACGAGGACCACAUCCAGAUGGCCUUCGAUGGAGUGCCUCUCGACGUCGACACCGUCAAGAACGCCCGCUGGGUGUCCAAGGCCCUGCCCGCCCUGUCCGUCACGCGGAUGGACGCUGUCAACACCGUCAUGGUGGAGCUCGAUGGCGUCUUCAGCAUCUCGGCCAGUGCCGUUCCCAUCACCGACGAGGACAACCGGAUCCACAAGUACGGCAGGACGGAGAGCGACAGCCUCGUGCACCUCGACCUUGGUUUCCAGUUCCAUAACCUCACCAAGGACGUCGACGGCGUGCUUGGCCAGACCUACCGCCCUAACUACGUCACCAGGCUGAACAUCACGGCUAAGAUGCCGAUCAUGGGCGGCGCACCAAAGUACCUCUCGUCGGGUCUCUUCUCGACGGACUGCGCCGUCUCCAAGUUCCACCGCAGCGGUGGUGUCGUCACCACAUUCGCUUCUUAAAAUUAAGGAGCUCUAUAAUCGAAGAAAUAAUAAGCUAUAAGCGCUGGUGCUUAAACCAUUAAUCCGAAAAAACUAAGGAGCUCUAUAAUCGAAUAUGUUCUUCACUAUUGAUUGUUUUGAGAAAAUGUGACAUGUAAUUCUUGUUCGAAUUUAAAGUCAUCUGACUGAUGAAUAAAUUAUGCUUAUG